UCCGUGAUGAAGAAAAGUCCGGGUCUCUCUGACUAUCUUUGGGCCUGGAUCCUCGUUCUCAGCACUCUAUCAGGAAGAAGCUAUGGACAGCCCUCCCAGGAUGAACUUAAAGACAAUACCACUGUCUUCACGAGGAUUUUGGACCGACUGCUGGAUGGUUAUGACAAUCGUUUGAGACCAGGGUUGGGAGAACGUGUAACUGAGGUGAAGACUGACAUCUUCGUCACCAGUUUUGGGCCAGUUUCGGACCAUGAUAUGGAAUAUACAAUAGAUGUGUUUUUUCGUCAAAGCUGGAAGGACGAAAGAUUAAAAUUCAAAGGGCCCAUGACAGUUCUUCGGUUAAACAACCUCAUGGCCAGUAAAAUCUGGACUCCAGAUACGUUUUUCCACAAUGGCAAGAAGUCUGUGGCCCACAACAUGACCAUGCCUAACAAACUCUUGCGCAUCACGGAGGACGGCACGCUGUUGUACACCAUGAGACUGACAGUGAGAGCCGAAUGCCCAAUGCACUUGGAGGAUUUCCCUAUGGACGCCCAUGCCUGCCCACUAAAAUUUGGAAGCUAUGCUUAUACAAGAGCAGAAGUUGUCUAUGAGUGGACCAGAGAGCCUGCUCGCUCAGUGGUUGUCGCCGAAGAUGGGUCACGCUUAAACCAGUAUGACCUUCUUGGACAAACAGUUGAUUCUGGAAUUGUUCAAUCUAGUACAGGAGAAUAUGUGGUUAUGACUACUCAUUUCCACCUGAAGAGGAAAAUCGGCUACUUUGUUAUCCAAACUUAUCUGCCGUGCAUAAUGACAGUUAUCCUCUCACAAGUCUCCUUCUGGCUCAACAGAGAGUCGGUACCAGCAAGAACUGUCUUUGGAGUGACAACUGUUCUGACCAUGACAACCCUGAGUAUAAGUGCCAGAAAUUCCCUCCCAAAAGUGGCUUAUGCAACAGCUAUGGACUGGUUUAUUGCCGUGUGCUAUGCCUUUGUUUUCUCAGCUCUGAUUGAGUUUGCCACUGUAAACUAUUUCACCAAGAGAGGGUAUGCGUGGGAUGGCAAAAGCGUGGUUCCAGAAAAGCCAAAGAAAGUGAAGGAUCCUCUCAUUAAGAAAAACAACACAUAUGCUCCAACAGCUACCAGCUAUACCCCUAACUUGGCUAGGGGUGAUCCUGGCUUGGCAACCAUUGCUAAAAGUGCGACCAUAGAACCAAAAGAAGUCAAGCCUGAGACAAAACCACCAGAACCCAAGAAGACUUUUAACAGCGUCAGCAAAAUCGACCGACUGUCAAGAAUAGCCUUCCCGCUGCUAUUUGGAAUCUUCAACUUAGUCUACUGGGCCACCUAUUUAAACAGAGAGCCUCAGCUCAAAGCCCCCACACCGCAUCAAUAG